AUGGGAAAUCGUGGCUGGGGUGUCGGUCGUAUUAUCGCGGUUCAGGUCAACUACAGCAGGAAUGGCCCAAAUGGUUUGCUCCAUGUCCAACCUCUUCGUUUGUCCAGUUCUCCCACUGUGCUAGAGGAUGACCUCGAUGCGGAGAUCGCCAUUACACGUGCCACAGAUCGUCUUGAAGUUCUUCCGGACUUACAAGAGCUACCAGAUGGCACACUGGAGUUCCAAGAGCUCAGCCGUUCACAUGUUAGGGCAGUGCUUUCGGGCAUGGUGUUCGUGGACAGCUGCUUAGAAGCGCUGUGA